AUGGCAGGCUACCCAACAACUGCCUUCAACCACAUUGAUUUCAGACGGUCCGAAAUUCUUUGGUCUUUUCAGAAUGGAAGGGAUGAGACCCAAGAUCCUGGCGGCGUCCAGCACCGGCAGCAGGUGUCUCCGCCCGGGACAGCAGAGGGAAAGGAGGGCGCCCGGCGCGGGAGGGGAGGGGCCUCAGGCUUUAAGUCUUGGCGCCCGGAGGCGGGUCUCCAGGGCCCAGAGCUCCAGGCCAUGGAGGGUGCGGUCCGCGCGGCGCUCGUUCUCUGCGUCCUCGCUCAGUUCCUGCCCAACUUUCUUCUGGCGUCGCGGGCAGGCACUCACUCUCUCUGCUAUGACUUCACCAUCAAUCCUAAGGCAGCACCUGGACAGCAAUGGUGUACAGUCCAAGCCCAGGUGGACCAGAAGAAUUUUCUCUCCUAUGACUGUGGCCUGGACAAGGUCAAAUCCUUGAGUGCCCUGGGAGGGAAAGUGAGCGCCACAAUCACUUGGGAAGAGCAAAACACCAUGCUGAGAGAAAUGGGGGAUAUGCUAAAACAGAAACUGGCUGACAUUAAAGCAGAAAAUGGCAUGGGCAGGGGUCUGCACACCCUGGAGGGCAGGAUGUGUUGUCAGCAUAAAUCCGACAGCUCCUGGCAGUUUGGCUUCAAUGGACGAAUGUGGCUCCACUUUGACUCAGACAACAGAAGGUGGAGAGAGAUGCAUUCUGGGUCCAACUGGAUGAAAGAAAUGUGGGAAAAUGACAAGGAGGUGACAGAAUUCUUACACAGGUCCUCAAUAGGUGACUGUAGAACCUGGCUUCAGAAGUUCUUGGUGCAAUGGAAGCCAGAGCUGGAGCCAACAGGACCUUCAAGUGCCAUCAUAGACAGAGUCUUCCAGGAGUCCGCAGCCAGCACACUUGUUCCCUUGGCCCUGCUCUGGAUCCUCACCUGCUUCAUCCACCUAGGCCUCCAGAUCUUCCUGACAGGUUAAAGAUGCUCCCAAGAAGCUUCUGGAAAUGUGAUUCAGUGAAAUGACAAUCCUUACUGAUCUUCUGCCAAUCUACUUCCUGCUCUUCCUCCUUAGAGCAAACAAAGACUGAACUGCAAAUCCAGAGGCCUCCAGCAUGUCAGUCAGACUUAGUCACUCAGCCUAGAGCUCCUCUGCUUUUUCAGAUCUAGUGAGGAUUUAAAAGGUGUAUCUGUAUGUCACUUGUAGGUACACCAUGAGCCCAUACCCUACUUCUACAAGAGGUGGACUGUUCUAAUUGCUGCUUUCACUCUCCCAUCCAUCAUAGCAGCCACCCGCAUCUUUCCUUUGCCACCCAUUGGCCCCUACCACCCCAAGAUCUGAUGACCCCCAUGAAGAUCCAUUAACUUCAAUUUCAACUUUGAGCUCUUUGUUCUGUUUUGUGACAGUCCAAUCCUGCACUUUUUCUUAACCAUUUCCUGUGCUAACCUCAGUAAUCAUACACUGAGCCUCUGACUGCUAGAACAAGAAACCUCAACAAAAAGUUUUAAUCUUAGUUGUGUUAUCAACUACUUCUCUGUACCUUGAGCUGAUGUUUAUUAUAGUUUGGAUCUGGAAUGUUCCACAAAGAUCCAUGUGUUGACUACGGUGCUAUUGAGAGGUGAGGAAAACUUCAGGAGUAGAGUUGUUGAGUCCUGUUUUGAAAGGUUCUUUAUGUCCCAGGCACCUUCCUGCCUCCACAUCUCCCUCCCCCUUUUCCUCUAUUUAAACUAUAAAUUAUUUUUUAUUGCUACAAUAAGUUAAACCAUCUCUUCUCCAAAGCUCCUGCUGCUGUGAUAUUCUGCCUUACCUCAGAGCCAAAAGCAAUAUAGUCAACCAAACUUGGACUAAAACUUCUGAAACACUGAGCCAGAAAUCAAUUUUUCUUCCUUUAGUUUACUGUCUUCAAAUGUUUUUCCACAGUUCGUGCUGGGGAUGUGGCUCAAGCGGUAGCGCGCUCGCCUGGCAUGCGUGCGGCCCGGGUUCGAUCCUCAGCACCACACACAAAGAUGUUGUGACCACUGAAAACUAAAAAAUAAAUGUUAAAAUUCUCUCUCUCUCUUUUAAAAAAAUGUUUUUCCACAGUGAUGAAAAGACAAUACAACAUUGAUGGUGCAAUAUUGUCUGUAAAAUACAAUGACAGACAUCAUUUAUAACUUCAGGAAUUCUUUGUAUGUUUUGUUUUAGUUAAAUAAACAUGUCAACAAAUUUAAA